CAGCAACUUGAAAAUACAAGUAUUAAAUUGAUAACGUUACUUCACACGGAGGACAAAGAAGAAGAUUAUUUACUGGAGAUGCCAACUAAGGAUCUGAACUUCUACAGAGGAUAAAAGUGAAGCUCAAGUUUGAAAUGCCACCACGAAUCAGCCCCCUGAAGGAUGCCAUGCAUCAUGUUGUUUCAAAGACUGACAAAACAUUCAAAUUAGAUGUGAAGUAUAUCAAUGCAGUGAAAGGACGUGGUCUAUUUGCAAAGGGUGCCAUUUGCAAAGGUGAUUUUGUUGUUGAGUACAGGGGAGAUAUGAUAAAUGAUGCAGAACUGCAGAGGAGAAGAAAACGUUACCACGCAUCCUGUGCUGCAUUUAUGUUUGAUUUCAAGUGGCGAGGGAAAACAUGGUGUAUUGAUGCGUCAAGAGAAGAUGGAUCGUAUGGGCGGAUCGUUAAUGAUGACCACAAACAUCCAAAUUGUAAGAUGAAGAAAAUUGAUGUCAAUGGAAAGCCUCACCUUUGUCUGUUUGCCCUGGAUGACAUUAAAGAAGGAGAAGAAAUUGCCUAUGAUUAUGGAGGAGAAAACUACCCAUGGAGAACACAAAUGACCAGCGCUGCUGUUAAUACCAGCACAGCGAGUAACUCUGAUCCUUCUCUCCAGUCAGAGACUCAGAUGGAUGAUGAAUCUGCUCAAAUCAACUCUCCUCAACAGAUGACCAGCGCUGCUGUUAAUACCAGCACAGCGAGUAACUCUGAUCCUUCUCUCCAGUCAGAGACUCAGAUGGAUGAUGAAUCUGCUCAAAUCAACUCUCCUCAACAGAUUGUGAUACAGCUCCGAAAUGAAAAUGACAUUUUAGUACCAAGACUGAGAAGGACUAAAAGUAUCAUGAUGAAAGACAUGGAUCUUCAAGAUUCUGGGGAGCUCUUUGAUUCUACACCAGAGAGUUCAGAUAAUUAUGUUCCAGAUACCACUUCCGACAGUGACAGUGAUGUUAGCCUUACACUGAACCCAACAAAACGUCAGCUUCUUGAUGAACUGGAUAUGAAUGAAUCUGCCUCUGUAAGCUUCCCUGACUGUGACACAACAACGUCAGACAAAAUGCACAGCCUUACAUCUAAAGCAUCUGGAACAGUAGAAGAGCCCAGUUCAAGUCAGAACACAAUAGACUGCGUAGUUGUUAAUGCAUACCAAAAAAGAGAUGGCGGUAGAGUGUAUAACAAGAGACAUUACUGCUUGUAUUGCUCCAAACCUUACGCUAAGAUGGCAAGGCAUCUAGAAAGUUCACAUGCAAAUACAUCUGAUGUGGCUAGAGCUCUAAGCUUUCCAAAAGGUUCAAAAGAGAGAAAAAACAGCUGGAUUAUAUUCGCAACAAAGGGAACUAUGCCCACAAUGCUGCUGUUAUGGAAUCAGGAAAUGGGGAACUGGUGCCAUUUAAACGACCACCUAAAAAAGCACAGGGAGAGGAUUUCAUGCAUUGUGCGUACUGUCAAGGACUUUUUACAAGAAAGGUCCUGUGGCGUCAUAUGCGUUCUUGUAGACUUCAACCUCAGUCAGUCCCCCCAAACCAGGAAAAACCGUGUUCAGUCCAUGUGUACAUACACGGGGCCUGUGCCUUCAAACAUGACCAAACAACUGUGGGGAGUAAUCAGUGCCAUGAAUCCUGACCCAAUCACAGAUAUAAUAAAAAAUGACACAGUAAUUACUGAAAUUGGGCAGCACUUGUUGAACAAAGGAGGGCUAUCAGCCAAAAAUAAACAGAAUGUGCGGGAGAAGAUGCGAGAAUUGGGAAGGUUGAUUCACAAGGCGAGGAGAGUCACCUCUUUAAAAACGAUGGAAGAUUGUGUAAAUCCAAAGAAGUACAUGGAGACUGUCAAAGCUGUGAAGUAUACGUGUGGGUAUGACAGUGAAACGGACAAGUUCAUGAUUCCAUCGCUUGCAAACAAGCUUGGGAAUUCCCUGGUUAAAGUGAGCAAACUCUUAAAAGCUCAGGGAUUAAUCUCAAAUGACAAACAGCUUGUUAAGAACGCCAGUGAGUUUCUAGAAGUCCAUGAGAACAAGUGGAACGAGAUGAUCUCAGCUACAGCAUUGAGGAACAUCAGUGAAGCAAAGUGGAAUGUGCCCACUAUCAUGCCCUUUACUGAAGACGUCCAGAAAAUGCAUACAUAUCUCAGUGAAGUGCAAGACAAGUGGUUCAAAACACUCUCUGAAAGUCCCUCUACUAAAGCCUGGAUGGAGCUGGCAAAGGUGUGUCUAGCCCAGAUGAUUCUCUUUAACCGCCGCAGGGAAGGAGAGGUUUCGAGCAUGCCUUUGUCUGCAUUUCUAUCAAGAGACACUUCUGAUCCACAUGAGGAUGUGGACUGGGCACUCUCUGAAGUGGAAAAAAACUCUGCAGACACUUCACAAGGGUUAUCACAAGGGGAAAGCGUGGUCGACCAGUUCCAAUUCUUCUGA